ACACUCAAAAUGACCGGACGCGGAAAGGGAGGUAAAGGAUUGGGCAAAGGAGGCGCAAAACGCCAUCGCAAAGUUUUGCGUGAUAACAUUCAAGGUAUUACCAAACCUGCCAUUCGCCGUCUUGCUCGUCGUGGAGGUGUCAAACGUAUCUCUGGCUUGAUCUACGAGGAAACUCGUGGUGUCUUGAAGGUUUUCCUUGAAAACGUCAUCCGAGAUGCCGUCACCUACACGGAACACGCCAAGAGAAAGACGGUCACCGCCAUGGAUGUCGUCUACGCUCUGAAACGCCAGGGCCGCACUCUGUACGGUUUCGGCGGUUAAAU